UUGUCAAUGUAUAUGUGUCAUUUUACGCGCAAGAGAGGCGGGUUGUGGGUUGAGAGCAUUAUUUACUUUUAGUUAAUUUUACGUAUUAGAUUUAUAAUUAAACUAGCACAAUUUAGUAUUAAAUAAACAUGAACGGGACACCGGACAACAUCAUAGUGAAUUCUUGUGAACUAACACCUAUAUAUUUGAUACAGGAUUCGGGCGUCGCUCAGGCUACGUCUUAUGUUUUGACGCCGGCUAACCAAGUUGAACAAAAACCAGUGAGUAACCUCAAAAGAUUUUACGAGAGUAGCGGGAAUUUGGAAAAGAGUGUUCUAUUGAAUAGUCCAGAGCCCCCUGCGGCGAAGCCUAGAAUUUUGAAGAAAACUGAAGCGGGUCAGAUUGGAAAUAACCUAAAAUUAGCCAGUUUUCUUGUGCCCAAGACAAGUGCUCAUAAUGUUCAGACAAAGCCAGUACACGCAGUAAACACUGUGAGCACAGUGAACACAUUAAACACGGUUAAUACCAUGAACAAUAUUGUGUUUAAGCCCGCAACAGCUACUGUAGCCGCAGCAAGCCAAAAUGUUCCCCUCACCAUGACACAUGCAGUACCCAAACUCGACAUGGACAGGAAGAUAGUGAAGUUGAAGCCCUCUGACACAGCUUUAAGGCAUUUUCGUGGUAGAUCUGUACCAAAGAUAAAACCCAAAGAAGGGACACCAGAACCACCAAAAUAUACAUCGGUGCAGUUACUAAAGCUAGGAGAGACAUACCAUAGUCUCAAUGUCCUAAGCGAUGACCAGGUGAAAAUGGUGAACCAAGCUUUGAACAUCAUCAAGGAUCCAGAAAAGAUUCCUCCAGAGCCUGCAUAUGAUCCUGUCACAAAUACACGUUUCAUAUACAAGGUGGUGUCGCCGAAGGACCUGAAGGUGGUGGGGCGCAACAAGGUGGCGCUGAAGGAGCCGCGCCGUGUCGCCGCCGCGCCCGACGCGCGCCCGGUGGGGACGGUGAUAACCCGCAGCGGGCGGAAGGUGCGGCUGCCUCGGCAGGUUGCGGAGGAGGAGCCGCACAAGCCCCGCCGGAGGCCAACGACCGUGGUCACCUGCGCCCAGUGUUCCACUGACUUUGGCAGCCUCUACCAACUGCAGAAGCACUACGAGAGCCAGCCCACGCACGCGCCGUCCAAGACGCACUGGAGCCUGUUCCACUGCCUGCUGGCCAUCGUGGCCGGCUCGCCCGCCGAGGCCCGGGCGAAGCUGUUCAUACAACAGGUACCGAACACUACCAGAGCCAGCACACACACACAUGCCGUCCAAGACGCACUGGAGCCUGUUCCACUGCCUGCUGGCCAUCGUGGCCGGCUCGCCCGCCGAGGCCCGGGCGAAGCUGUUCAUACAACAGGUACCGAACACUACCAGAGCCAGCACACACACAUGCCGUCCAAGACGCACUGGAGCCUGUUCCACUGCCUGCUGGCCAUCGUGGCCGGCUCGCCCGCCGAGGCCCGGGCGAAGCUGUUCAUACAACAGGUACCGAACACUACCAAAGCCAGCACACACACAUGCCGUACCGAACACUACCAGAGCCAGCACACACACAUGCCGUCCAAGACGCACUGGAGCCUGUUCCACUGCCUGCUGGCCAUCGUGGCCGGCUCGCCCGCCGAGGCCCGGGCGAAGCUGUUCAUACAACAGUUGGAGCUACUGGUGCGGAAGCUGAAGGCGCUGCUGCCGUGCCUGGUGUCAGGCGCCGCCCCCGGCGGGCCGGCGCAGCCCGCCGACAUCGGCGACGACGUCGGCAGAUUGUUCGGUCUGAGUUCCGGCAAGUACCACCUGGACAUGGAGGCGUUAAGCUGCGUCAAGGACAAGGAGGGCCACUGCAAGCACCAGCCGGCCCCGGCCUCGGCCUCGGCGCCGGCCUCGGCUUCGGCCCCAGCCGGCGCCGGCCCCGGCCUCGCCGACGGCGACAAGCCCUCGCAGCGCUGGCGCCACCAGCACCGCGACGAUUGCGCGCGCGUGCACACGGCGCACGCCUGGCCCGCCGUCGGCAGCAAGCUUCAGGACAUUAAGCAGAAGACUCACAAAAACCACGUUAAGAAAAUGAGGCUCGUCCCCGAUAGCGAAAUAACCGAGCUCAACCGGGAGGACCUGAUCGCCCUCGGUGCGAACGGCCGUGAGGUCCCGGUCCCGCAAAAGAUGAUCUCUCUUUUAAAAAACGAAAUCGAGCCCGAAACGAAGCUCGAUAAACCUCGAACGUUAGAUGAAAUCCAGAAACCCAAAGGUCACGUGCAGUUUCAUAGUGCGCAUUUCGAUAUUCGCUCAUCCCCUAUAAAACCCUCCUCCUCCACAGUUUUCAGGACGUUCCAGAUAAAUCCGGAUAAAAUGGAGAAAUUUAACGUGCAAAUCAUAAGGCCUUUGGAGUUAGACCAGAAACCUAAUGAAGUUAUAAAGGAGACGCCGACGACCUCCGAUUGUACAAAGUUAGACAGUAUAUUUAGAGAUGAAAUAGAAAUGUCGUGUAAAGAUGUAAUUAAUAAUGAACUUAACAAUGGACUUAAUUUCAAUAGUAGUAAGGAUUGGGCUAUAUCGUCGGCGAAUGACGACCAGUCACAUGAGAGCUUUAUCAAAUCGAAUGCAGUGAUAGAACCGUCUCUAAUACAUGUGAAAGAUGACGCGGUCGGUAGUCUCGCUGACGCUGACCUGACUUAUAGUGAUAUCAACCAGAAUGCUGAUAUGCCAGUGUUGACAGACGAACAUAAUACUCAGGACAGCCGCCUAAAUUUGAGUCAGAAUCAAUCAGUAUUGAACUUUCUAGAAACCUUAGGUAAUGAACUAACAUAUCCUGAACCUGAAAUCAGAAAUGCUGCAGUUGAUUUUCAGUUAGACUUAUUUUCUUUUAAUAAUACAUAACACUAGGUCUUAAGUAUAGGUAUAUUUAAAUUAAGGACACAUGACUGAUAAAUAAGCAAUGUUUUAUUUACAAUAAAAUAAUUCUAGUAGA